GCACUAGAAACAACCAAUGGCCACUCGAUUCCACAUAAAAAAUAGACAAUCUCCAGCCCCUCAUUAUAAAUAAACACUACUAUGACUAUCCUUUACAAUCCCAAACUCAAAAGACAUCUUUUAACUAAAAAAAUUGCUUUGACAAGAAGAGAUGAUAUCUCUUCAUAUCUUCCCUCCAUUACCUUCCUCUCAAGAUCCUAAAUUUAUCUCAACCCAAUUCCUCAAACCCACCAAAAUCCCUAAUUUCACAAUCCUCAACCUUCACCACGAAUACUUAACCUUUGUCUCAAAACCCCCAAAUUUCCCAGGGUUUAACAACAAAACCCACUUCCAGAAACUUCAAUGCCAUGCCUUUAAGGACUCUGGUGAAGACACCAAGGCUGUGUUCGAAUCUAGUGGUGGUGGUGGUGGUGGUGGUGAUGGUGGGGAUGAUGAGCAAGUGGAGAAGAAGAGUGGGGGUUCUGGGCCUUUGCCAGAAUGGCUGAAUAUCACUUCUGACGAUGCAAAGACGGUGUUUGCGGCACUGGCGAUAUCGCUGGCUUUCCGGUCCUUCGUGGCUGAGCCGAGGUACAUUCCUUCGCUGUCCAUGUAUCCUACAUUUGAUGUUGGAGAUCGAAUUGUUGCGGAAAAGGUUUCGUACUACUUCAGAAAGCCAUGUGCAAAUGAUAUAGUAAUAUUUAAAAGUCCACCCGUACUCCAAGAAGUAGGAUAUACUGAUGAUGAUGUAUUUAUUAAACGAGUUGUUGCCAAGGAAGGUGAUGUAGUGGAGGUUCGUAAAGGGAAGCUUAUAGUUAAUGGGGUUGAGAGAAAAGAAAAUUUCAUCCUUGAACCACCUUCUUAUGACAUGACACCGAUUCGUGUACCAGAGAACUAUGUCUUUGUGAUGGGUGACAACCGUAAUAAUAGCUAUGAUUCACACGUAUGGGGUCCUCUGCCAGCCAAGAAUAUAAUAGGAAGAUCGGUAUUACGGUAUUGGCCCCCAAACAGGGUUGCUGGCACAGUUCUUGAGGCUGGCUGUGCUGUUGACAUGCAGGAGAGCAGUCCAGUGUCUGAAUGAAAUCCAGCCCUGAGGAUACAUCACCCAUCAAAAAGGAAGAAAAUGAUGAAUGUAAUACAAACCAAUUUAUUCAUCUCCCACCUUAAAGCAAGCAUGAAGCAGCUGGAGAAUGUUAUAGGAAUUUGUCAAUUUGGUUCUCCAAUAGACAACAGCUAUGUGCGUCUAUAUUGUGUUUCUAUCGUUUAGAGGCGAAGGUGGUGUUUAUGUUCUGCCGCAUUCUUUGUCAAGGAUUUUUCUAAUGGGCUUCUCAAGUUAUUAUGCUGCGCAUAAGAACCAAAGGAAAAGGCUGCUAACUCUCUUUCUAGCAAUAUUAGCAUAAAAGCUCAUUAUAAAUAA